GACUGAAACCGUGCGGAAUAAAAUUUAUUGUGGAAACCGUCAUAUCAUGACUAAUCUUAAAUAGCACUGAAUUUUACAAUGCUAAUAGCAGUUAUAAUGUUCACUUAAUUAUUAAUACCAGUACCAAUACACAACUAGACAUUAAAAGAUGUUUUUAGUGGGUUUGACAGGUGGAAUAGCUACUGGAAAAAGUAGUGUUGCUGCUGUUUUUCGUGAACACGGUAUACCUGUCAUCGAUGCCGAUCAAAUAGCACGGAAAGUUGUAGAACCUGGAAAACCAGCAUGGCACAAAAUACAAAAAGAGUUUGGUCCAGAUGUAUUCUUAGAUACAAAGGAACUAGAUAGAAUUAAACUUGGUGAUUUAAUAUUUAAUGAUAUAGAAAAAAGAAAAAAGUUGAACGCUAUAACACAUCCACAUAUAUAUAAAGAAAUAUACUGGCAAACAUUCAAAUAUUUUCUACAAGGUCAUCAAUUUAUAGUCAUGGAUUUGCCACUACUUUUUGAAACAGGGCACAUGUUAAAUUACUUGCAUAAAAUAAUUGUUGUGACUUGCGAAGAGGAUUUGCAAUUACAACGACUUAUCGAAAGGACAGGUAUCACAGAAGCUAAAGCAAAACUAAGAAUUGCUGCACAAAUGCCCUUGGAGAAAAAAGCGGAAAUGGCAAAUUUUGUCAUUGAAAAUUCUAGUAGUGAACGUGAUACUAGAGAACAAACUAUUAAAGUCAUUAAUGUCUUAAAGUCUUCCAAAUACCACUGGAAAUUACGACUUUUAGUUGGACUUUGUUGUACCGUCUUAUUAGCGGGUGUAUACUGGCUGAAAAAUAAAACUGUUCGUUCUUUACCGAGUACAGCAUAAAACGAACUAUUUACGGAAUUUUAUCAAUUCACUUUGGGAUCCAGUGUAUAGCGCUUUAUCGAAUUUAUGAAUUUACCCAUUUACGUACAGGAAUAAAUUACUUUAACAUAAUAUAUAAUUACAAUUAAUAGUAUUAUUUUUUUAAAUUUUCUUAUAUAUAUACUUUUUUUUUAAAUAACCAAUGAAUUUUCUGUGAUAUAAUACAGAUACAAAACUUUAUGUUUCAAUGUUUUUAUAAAAUGCGUAACAGUUACAUCAAUAUAUGAUACAAAGAUUGUAAUUAGCUUCUGGUUUAUGUAUUUCAAUGAAUAGAAUGUCAUUAAUUGAUCAAUUUAAAUGUGUCAUACAAAACUUGUACAGAAAAAGAUUUUUAUUAUCCUAAUGUACGAAUAUGGAGACCAUUAAAGUAAUAUAAUGGGAGGUGGCAGAGCACUAGUCUUGUAAACCAGGGGUCGUUUUUCACAGGAGGCAUCAAUGUAUUCAUAAAUAAUAUACUUAAGAAUGGUGUGCUUUAGAACAUGUCACAUAUAAUGAAACCGAUUGAAAUCAUUUAAACGAUUAAUGCAUUUAUAGUACAGUAAAUGACAAAAAUAGUUUUUAUACAUAUGAAAUAUUAACAUGUAAGGAUUGAAAGCAAUGGGACAUUUGAAGAUUGUAUAUUAGACGUACUGUUUGUUAAUUAUCGAAAUGAAAUGUAUUAUUAAAAAAACGAAUAGAA